CCGGUAUCGGAACUGCGAAAUGAUGUAGCUAACUGCGUGGGUUGCCGUUUUAAAACUGUCUCGCUAGAAAUUGGUUGGAACGAACGAACUUCAGAGAUUUCUUGAGGAAGAGAGGGAUAACAUGGCCAAAGAAAAGGUCGAUUCGGAUCCACCUUACCUUGAGAUAAGGACAAAGAUUGACAGUGGGUUGGACACCGGCAAGGAGAACAUUCUUCCAUCCAAGUGGCUUUCAGCACAGAAAGAGGAGAACUGUGGCCUAAGUUUGCCCUUGGGAGAAGAAUAUGACAGGAAGAGGCAAAAGCUUCAGCAGGAGCUGCGUCUGGACUAUAGACGCUACAUGGCUCAGAAAAAAGAUGUGAAUGCUGGUGAGCUGGGCCUACACGCGCAGGGGCUCUCCCUGCCCAUUGGCGAGAGGAGAUCUGCACAGGAAAGAUUAAGAAAUGAAAGGAACAAGGAGUAUAAUCAGUUCCUUAGAGGACAAGGACGACAGGGAAAAGUAGUUCAAGACGCAACAACAGUUUUACAGCAGGCACCCUAUAGAGACGCUGAGCGCCCUGCAGCCUCCAAAGCUCGCGCAGAAUUCCGCAGCGCUCAGGCUGGCUCCAGAGUGCCGGCGGCUCGUGAGCGGCUCCCGUCCAGGAGAGACGCCGCCACCCUGACAGAGGCCGGGACGCAGGCAAGGGCGCGCAAGGGUCGCAGGCGCUGGGAGGAGGGGCCGGACCCUCGCGGGAGGAGACCCGUGGUGUCCAGGUUUGAUUUUGACUCCGAGCAAGAGUACUCUGAGGAGGAGCUGGACUUUGUGGACAGGGGGAGGCCCAGACUGAGCCGGGAGCCUGGACACGCAGACAGACCAAGGCGCAGGUCCCACCUCUGGCCCGAGGGAGACAUGCCGAGGCUGAGAGACAGAGGAAUCAUUGACCCUGAUGACUACCCUGAAACGGGUCACUAUGGGCGAAGGCCAAGGAAUGACAACAGGACUCAGUGGGAGAGGAGAAAGGUGCAGCCUCCGGUUGUUGAUGAAGAAGACUGUAGGGAGGGGAAAAAAAGAACACUGUCUGAGCCCAAACCAAAGGUGGAGGCGAUGGGGCCAGUACCUCCCCGUGACAGAAGCGCAUCGGUACGCAACAAGGACCAGGCCGAGUUUGCCACAGGACUAAUGAUUGGAGCCGGGGACGAAGAUAAAGCCGUGCAGAUGAGAAAGGAGAGGUACAGGCAGGAGCUGCUGGAACAAAUGGCCGAGCAGCAGAGGAACAAGAGGAAGGAAAAAGAGCUGGAGCUCAGAGUUGCUGCUACUGGAGCCAUUGACCCAGAGAAGCAGCCAGAUCGUAUCAAGCAGUUUGGCGCAGUGACUCGUGACUAUGACGGCAAGAGAAGGGACGUCCCGUACCGGCCGGGGCUGGGCCUGGAUGCGCUGGGGGCCGAUUUGGGUGGGCGGGGCCGUGCGGAGCGGCCCCCUGCGGACACGGUGGAGGACAGGGCCCCCCCCGACAGGCCUCGUGUGGCAUUCCAGGCGCCAGUGCUGGACUACAGCUCUGCGCUCGGGGCCCUGGUGGGCACGGGGGCAGCAGCGGGGCUGCCCGGGGGUGGGGCAGCUCCCCUCAACGAAGACUUCCACAGAGGUCUCUCCAGCACGCUGGGAGAGAUCGUCGCCCCCAGAAUCACAGGUGUCCCUCCUCCACCUCCACCCACUCUGACUGAUGUGUACAGAACUCCCUAUGAUGGGGCCUACUACUAUUACGGAGCCAGGAAUCCACUGGACCCCAACCUGGCAUACUAUGUGCCCGUGGCGGGGGCAGUGCAGCCCGCAGACUUUCUGAAGCAGCGGCCUGGAACCUCCCAGCAUGGCGGUGCAGCUCUCCAGCCACAAGCGACCGGUCAAACGGGCACUGCGCCCAGCGGGAUUGGGGUCGGAGCCUUUCCAACAGAGAGGCCCAAACCAUCAAAAGAAAGCAUGCUGAGUUACCAGGAAGCACUCAAACAACAGCUGCAAGAGAGGGAGGAGCGGAAGAGGAGGGAGAAGGAGGAGAAGGAGCGCUACGAGGCCAAGCUGGAAGCGGAGAUGAGGGCCUACAACCCCUGGGGGAAGGGCGGGGGUGGCGCCCCCCUCCGAGACAGCAAGGGAAAUCUCAUCACUGACCUGAACCAAAUGCACAAGGUUAACGAAGAGGCGUACUUGAACCCCGACUCUCGAGGAAAGAGGGCGGCGGGAUCUGUCAGCAGGAACAUCCCGUCACCGCGAGGGGAGGAAGGGGCUCCCUCGGCACACAAAAUCUCGGGUUUCUCCUAUGCCCACAUGUCUGCGUUUGCCCGAGGCAGCGGUUUUACAGAUCUACCUACACCGCAGCAGCUUCACGAGCAAGACAAGUAUAGGGACUACCUCAGACAGCAGAUUGAGGAGAAGCGGCAGAAGGAGGCGGAGGAGCGGGAGCGCCUCCGGCUGGAGGAGGAGAGGGAGGAGAAGAGGCUGGCGGAGCAGCGGACUCGCAUGCAGAAGGAAUACGAGGAGGAGCAGGAGCGGAAGAGGUGCAAGGAGAGGGAGCAAAACGCCCAGAACGAGGAGCAAAUCCGCCUGCUGAAGGAGCGCCGCAGAGAGGAGGAGCGCAAGAAGCGGGAGGAGGAGGAGAAGGAGAACGCUGCUCUGAAGCAGCAGACGGAGAGGGAGAGGCAGGCCCAACUGCAGGAGAUCCCACGGGAGCCAUCUCCACCAAUCCCAGCCGUGCAGAAGAGACUCGCCUCUCAGCACAUAUCCAGACCCCGCUCCGUGGACAGCCAUCGGUCCACCACCACUCUGUCUGAGCAGUCCAUCUUGGCACCGCCUUCCCCACCUGUACCGGCACGGAGGAACCAGCUGAGAGCCGCAGAGGAGCAGCCGGGCGUGAUCGGCGAGCUGUCAGCCCUGCGCAGGCAGCUGCGCAGCGAGCAAAAGCGGCUGGACAGGCAGCUGCUGCAGACGGAGAGGGAGGAGCCGGACACACCCCCCGCUGUCAGGCGCAGAGAGCGGCCGCAGGUGGACGUGUUUGACAUGGCCAGGCUGCGCAUGCAGGCCCCAGUCAGGAGAAACUCCAAAACCAACGAGCCCAUCAACCUCCAGAACAUCCGCGACUUCAACGAGCUCAAAUACCGAGACAGCGAGUCUCGGGAGGAGGUGCGGCAGGCGUACCCGGACCCCCCGGUCGACGACUACAGCCUGGAGCUGCAGCAGCAGGCACUGCUCCGGGAGCAGCAGCGGAGGAUCAACCGCAUGAAGAGGAGGGAGGCCCGGGAUUAUUUCGACCUGUCACCUCCGACGCACCACACCCGCAACUUGAGAGGGAACUUUGCAGACAAUCCCCAGAGAGGCUCCCUGCUGGAAUCGGAGAGUGCCUUUAUCGAUUCCAGUGGAGACACCUUCCCAGUGCCCCCAGAGAGCAAUCUGAGGGCAGGGCCGCCCUCUGCACGAGAGUGGAGGAGAGGACAGAGAACAGAUUAUGACAAUGAGACGAGGACCCCUGAGCCUGCUGGGCAGCCGGAGUCUGCUGGGCAGCUGAAGCCUGCUGGGCAGCUGAAGCCUGCUGGGCAGCCGGACGCUCAGUCCCUGCACUCUCUGGCCAGCUUCAAUGUGGAGCAGGUGAGGGACCGCAACGAGCGCAGGAUGAAGAGGCUGGAGGAGAUGAGCAGCCAGGGCUGGACAGCCGGGGAGGCCUCCUCGGACGAUGCGGACAGCCUCCUGCAGCUGGCCCCGGAGAGGCGCUACUCGGUGGAGACCUACGCCACAGAGCCCUGGAUGAGGCCCGGCACCUCGGAAACGCUGAAGCGCUUCAUGGCGGGGCGCACACGCAGGGAGAGGCCGUCCAGCAGAGACUCCGCGGCCUGGGAGGGGCCCUCCACGUACCACGGCUGAGGCCCCCCAAACCAGGCUCGCUCUCAGCGCUCCGCGCACGUGCUGCGGUGGCCUUCUGUACAUGCAGCCGCAGUGACACCUUGUCAUGACAGUCUUUCCUUUAAGAAAGCGUGCUUGUUUUA